UCCCAUUGAAAAAAAGGAAAUCAUCAUCCCCUCAAAAGAAAUGCAAGCGAGACGAGGGUCCUAGCGCUGCUCCAUUGCAGACUUGGGGGGAAAGGGAGGGUCGAGGGCCCGAAGGACCCAAGAUCGAUCGGAGGCCGAACCGCCAUCGCCGCCGUCUUUAUCCCCUUCCUCUCACCUGGCCGUGCCUCCGAAGCCGCAUCCAUCGCCGCCGCCGCCUCCAGGUCCGAGCCAGCCGUGAGCCCGCGACACGCCCUUGUAUAUCCCCUGUAAGCCCCGCUGCCAUGGAGCCUUCUCCCGUGACCGACAGCGAAGAAACCGAAGGCGUUCGUUGUGGAUCGGGCUCGUCCGUUCGCCGGCCGUCGCGUCGUCCCCAGCUGGCCGAGGGGGCGAGGGUUCUGACGGAGAACGCGACACGGGUUGCUGCGGCGAAUCCAAGGAGAGCCAGGCUCACGGUGUUGAUGCCCGUGCGAUCUCCGAUUCUCAGGAUGAUGCCUCUCAGGGCGAGGUCUGCGUCAGCGACAUUUCGGACAUCCCCGUCAGCAAAAGCCCUGCGAGCUCCCGUAGCCAUCUCAACAAUCCAGCGCUUUGUAUAUUCGCCGAACCUUCAGAUUACCCAACCAGCACAGCACCAUUUCUCAUUGGAGGAUCUCCCAGAUGCAAUGUUAACAGAGAUCAUCAAGAGGAUUACCCUGACAAGUGAUCUGAAUUCUUUUUCCCUUGUGUCGAAGCGACUCUACACCAUUGAGGCAGAUCAGAGGGGUGCUAUUCGUGUUGGUUGCAACCUUUGCCCUGCUACAGAAGCCUUGGCAUCACUCUGCACACGGUUCCCCAAUCUCUGGAAAGUGGACAUUGAUUACUCUGGUUGGACGCCAGGACAUGGGAAUCAGUUGGACAACCAAGGGUUCCUUGAGUUUUCAUCUCGCUGUCCCUCGCUUACUGAUCUGACCUUGAGCUUCUGCUCACGCAUCCAUGACUCUGGUCUUGGUUGUCUAGAUUAUUGCAAGAAAUUGAUGUCCCUUAGGCUGAAAUCCGCACCAAAAAUAACUUCACGUGGGCUUCUCUCGGUUGUAGUUGGUUGCAAGAGUCUAUCUACUCUCCAUAUUGUUGAUUGUCACAAAAUAGGCAGCGCAGAUUGGCUGGAGUACCUUGGUCAGAAUGGAUCACUGGAAGAACUUGUAGUAAAGAAUUGCCAGAGAAUUAGCCAGUAUGACCUUCUAAAGUUUGGUCCAGGAUGGAUGGAGCUCCAAAAGUUUGAGUUUAUGACCGAUGCAGGUUUAUGGGACCAUCUUGAAAGAUGUUAUGAUUCCUCAUACAAUGCUCACAACCCGAGUAGAUAUGAUUUUCACUGUGAUAGUUUGAAGGACUUGACAUUUGCACGUUUUACAACUGGGCCAGAAAUAGGGCUACGUAAUCUUCUGGGCAAAUGCAAAGCACUGGAGAAACUGCGCCUUGAAUAUGUUCAUGGCCUAAAUGACAAUGACUUGAUUGUGCUAUCCAAGAGCUGCAGCAAGCUUAAAAGCAUCUCACUUUGGCUCACACCAAUUUUCCAUGAUUUCUAUAAGUGCACAACAUCAUUUACUGAUGACAGCCUUAAGGCCCUAGCCCUCAACUGUCCUAUGCUUCAGACUGUUGAACUCACGUUUGGAGACUGCGAGCCCACGUACCCUUCAGAAAUAGGCUUCACAAGGAAGGGCCUUGUGAUGCUCAUGAAGUCUUGCCCAAUUCGUGUUCUUGUGCUAAAUGGGGCCAACUUCUUUGAUGACAAGGGAAUUAAGGCCCUUUCAUUUGCACCAUUGCUAGAGACACUUGAGCUUAUUGACUGCAAGGCGAUAACGGAUAUCGGGAUGCGUUUCAUUGUGCAUAUCCCACGCUUGAGUAAUCUGGCACUCCGGUGGUGUGAACAUGUAACUGAUGAUGGAGUGGCUGAACUGGUACAAGCACACAAGUUAGAGUCUUUGAGCAUUGAAUGUUGUCUUCAGGUUUCUCUGGAGGCUGUGCAGGGGGCUGCCAGAUCAGUACACUACUACACCAAGUGUGUAUCCAACAGCCUUUUGGGAAAAAGAAUGUUCUUAAAAUACUGCUCGUGAAGUGGUCUCCAGAUCGUCAACCAGAAUCACCUAUUUUGUUGUCAAAACCAUUGUUUUAUGUUACUUUCUGUACUUGUUUGUACUUUCCCCGUCUACUGCUAUAAUUCUCUUUAAUGUUGGGGAAGGCUAGUGUAAGAAUAUGGAAGGUAUCUGAUGAUUCAAAACUUUUAAUGGUAGCUCUGCAGCUCGUUCUGUAAAUCUAGCAGCUUAACUUGCAGUUU